AAAUGAAACUAGAAGAGAACAUUUCAAACAUUAAGUCUCUUAGAGUUCAGAAAACAUCACCGAGAAUAUCAGAAGUAACUAAAGGGACUGAAAGUUGAUGCUGAUGAGAGUUUUCUGUUUGAUUUCUUGUUCGUGUAUCUGGCGCCCCCUGCUGACAUGAGGAGGAACUCAAAACUCUAACACACUUACAGUUUCUGUUCGUUCUCUUUCUGUCUCUCAUGUUCCGGAUUUUGCUCUUCCAGCAAAUGACUGCAGAACUCACCGGUGAAAGAUUUUCAUUAACAAAUUGAAUUUUAUUUUUAUUUUAUUCUAGUGUGGUUGAAGGUUUCUGAGCAAACGUAGUUCCAGAAGAGCAUUUCCCUCAACUCUUUCCAACCAAAGUCGUUCAGUCUCAGAACUCACCAACUUCUGUCAGAAAAUGUUCCACAAACUUGUUUUUCUUCCAGAUUUAAUGGCAUCUGAGUUCAGUUCAAAAAAGUCUUUCACUUUUUCUUAAGAUUUUAUUUUCUCUUUCUUAGCAAAACGACUUUUGAACAUUUGAAUUUUGCUUUUCAAGAAAAGAAUGUUAUACAAACUUUUUCAUAAUCUUUCAAAUUUCUUGCACAAAAUGGAAUAAACUCAGAUAUCAGAUUAUCACAAAAGAUUUGUUCAUCUAUCAGGAUUAUUUCUCAUUUAUUUAAUAGAAAUCAAGUGUUUCAUUGGGAGCAUCUUGGUUUCAUAAUUUGAUUACAACAAAAAAGAAACAAAAAAAGUUUUGAUAGUUUUACUAGUUUAUUAAUGAAACACAUAUUUGUAAAAAAAAUAAAAACAACAAAAAAACCAUACUGUCACUAAAGGUCACCAAAAGAUGACAAACACAAAAAUUCCUCCUUGUAUAUCCGGGAUUCGAACGUAUACAGUGAAACAGGGAAAACCUCUCGUCACAGCAGCUACUUUGUCAAAAUACCGACUUUGGACGAGGUUUUCAUAUAUUCAAUAUAUCACAUACACGACACAGUAAAACAGCGUUUUGGACGCGAUAAAACAACGUUUUUAUGUUCAUCUUAGGACAACACAUGAUGGUUGUAAACUACUUGCGACUUUAAAAAUGUGUUAAAAAAAUCUGUUUUUGAUGCUGUUUUUCACUGCAUUUUCCCUGGUGACUUAUGAUAUCUUUCACUAUAUUUUCUUUUUUCCAUCAAGACAAAAACAAAAAGAUUCUCUAAUAUGAUCUAAUGUUUCCUCGUCAGACGAUACCAGGAGAAUCUCGGAAUGAUCUCCUGGAUCCAGACAUGAAGACGAGACGUCUUUGUAGAACUCUUCAAAAUAAACAAACCUGGUCUCUCACCAUCAUUCUUGUCUUGCAUGCAUUGGAAAUGAGAUAAGCAGAGGAAGUCCCAGCUGACCUAUGAUGAAAAGAAUCAGGUAAAAAAAAAAAACAGAAACCAAAAGAAACAGGAAAUCACUAAAAGUGAUGUGAUUCCACAUUUAAAUUUUAUUUUGGAAUCCGUUAAUUUGCUGUACUUGAAAUAUUUUAAUACAUUUAUUAAAUGUAGCCUGUGAAAAAGAGGGAAAAAAGAAAUAGCAUUACGAGUCUGGAAAGCGGAACCUUCGACACUCCUGCAGCGCCUCCAGGUGGAUGCAGACGGAACAACUUCCUGUUUCCGUUCGAAGCGCGUGGAGAACGAAGUGAGUGCUCGUGACGUUCCUGAUCUUAUUUACAGACCAAAAACUGGAAUCAUUUCAUUCCCUGAAAAGCUUUAUUUAAACCUGAAAUACAACCAGCUUCAAACGUCCACUGUUCUGUCAUCAUGACUGCAUCAACUGCUGCUUAAAGAUGAAAGGACUCUAAAAGCUGAUCAGACAGCGCCCCCCACUGGAAAUAAAGUUAACUGCAGGUUUCCUCUGAGAGGAAAUGACACCUGAUGAAACUGAAAACACCGACUGAUGAACUGAACCCAGACGCCAUUAGAGGAGAUUAAACGUUUGCUGGAAUAAAACAGAUUUGUGGGAUUGUUUCUACCUGAAUCUGGUGAGCUUUGAGACUGAAAGUUAGAAAUGGCUGAGAGAAACGCUUUUCUGGAAUCUUUCCUGAGCUGUCACGUUUGUUCAGAGACUUUCAAAGAUCCUGUGACUCUGAAGUGCAACCACAACUUCUGCUCCAGCUGCCUGCAGGAGCUCUGGAAACAAGCGCAAAGCAAAAAGUGUCCCAUCUGUAGAAAGAAAUCCUCUAAAAAGAACACGCGGCUGAACUUCAGCCUGAAGGAACUGGCCGACUCGUUUGCUGGAAGACCAAAACCUGGACCAUCAGAGACAGAAGAACAGGUCAUGGAGGUCUGUGAGAAACAUCCAGGAGAAGUUAAGCUGUUCUGUAAAGACGAGCAGAGACCUGUGUGUCCCGUCUGCGAGUUCUCUCAGCACCAGAGUCACAAAGUGGUUUCUGUAGAAGAAGCCGUCAGAGACCUGAAGGAGGAGCUGAAAUCAGACAUUAAGUCUCUCACUGACAAGAAGAACGAAUGCAGACGAGUGGAGGAGAAGUUUAAACUUGUGAUUCAACACUUUGAGAAGCAGCAGCUGUCCGCGGAGAGACAGAUCCGAGCAGAGUUCAACAAGCUCCACCAGUUCCUGAAGGAGGAGGAGGAGUCCAGAGUGUCCGCUCUGAGGGAGGAAGAGGAGCAGAAGAGGAAGACUGUGGGCAGAGCGAUGAAGAAGAUCCAGGAGCAGAUGUCCUCUCUGUCAGAAAGCAUUGCUGCUGUUGAAGCAGAGCUGCAGAAAAACGAAGAGGCGUUCCUCUGCACUUAUAAAGGUGUCCAGAACCGAGCCAGAACCCAGAGCUCGCUGACAGAACCUCAGCUGCUCUCAGGAGCUCUGAUAGAUGUGGCCAAACAUGUGGGCAACCUGUCCUUCAGAGUCUGGGAGAAGAUGAGGGAGAAGGUCCACUUCCACCCGGUCCUCCUGGACCCAAACACUGCAAACAGAUGGCUUCUUCUGUCUGAGGAUCUGACCUCCGUCAGGAAUGGAGAAACUUCCCAGCAUCCUCCAGACAAUCCGGAGAGAAACCUGAAAUACAGUAACGUGUUCGGCUCUGAGGGCUUCAGCUCCGGGAGACACAGCUGGGAGGUGGAGGUGGGAGAUCAUCCUCACUGGAACAUCGGAGUGGCCAACGAGUCCGUCAACAGGAAGGAGGAGUGUUCCGCUUCUCCAAAAUAUGGAAUCUGGUGUUUGGUUCACCGGGAUGGAAAAUACACAAACGGUGACGGAGAGUUUCUGGCUGUGACCACGAGUCUGCAGAAGAUCAGAGUCCAGCUGGACUACGACGGCGGGGAGGUGACCUUCUCCAACUCUGCAGACAUGACGAACAUCUACACUCACAGACAUACGUUCACCCAGAAACUUCUCCCCUAUUUCUGCGCUGGAAAAUCCAGAGAUCCAAAAACAUCCCAACUCCAAAUCUGUCCCAUUGACUGAGAUGAGACUUUUGUGAGGACAAUAACGGAGAUCUUCUGUUUCUGUCAUCACAAAGUCCACCUGAUCAAUCCAGACGAUCAGCGUUUCUUCCACAUUUAUGUUUCUCUGAUGAACAGCUGAUGAUCAGUUGAAGAAAAGAGGAUGAACAGCUGACGAACAGUCGAUGACCAGAAAAUGAACAGCCGGUGAACAGCCAAUGAACAGAUGACGAGGAGCUGAUGAACAGUCGAUAAACAUCUGAUGAACAGUCGACAAACAUCUGAUGAACAGAUGAUGAUCAGUUGAAGAAAAGAGGAUGAGCACCUGAUGGUCAGCUGAUGAACAGCUGAUGAACAGAUGAUGAUCAGCUGAUGAGGAGCUGAUCCCUGAGAGGGGGAACAUUUUCUUUUCAAGAAUCUUCAUUUAGACUUUAACUUAAUCAAAGUUCAUCACGUUUUCCAUUUAUUCUUCUAGAAUGAAACAUUUCUGUUCAACAAUUCACAUCCUUUUAGUCUCCUAUUUCACCUUUUUAAAUGUUUGUUUAUAUAAAACUGAACUAAUGAAUUCUUUGUAUUUUUUCAUAUAAGUGAGAAUGAACCUCCAAUGAUCUAAAAAUGUGACCACCAUGCUUGUAUAAAUAAUAGA